GCUUCAAUCCCAUUUGGCACUUUGUGCCCGUCCCACAUGGCGCGAGAAGUGCUGUUUAUAAGGUUGGGAAGUCCGGCCAUCACCAAUUUGCCUGUGAAGACCUCCACUUUGGAGGUCCAGAGCGCCUGCUGCAAUCCGUCAACCCGCGGAGUUUUCCUGCAAGUUUCUGAGACGCGAUGCGGAGAUGCAGGCGACCUUUAUCCUGCGGUAUGGCAAAUCAAAGGUGGCGAGCAUAACGGCAGUACUGGCGUCGUGACCUUCCAGGACCGGCGAGCAAUGCCUACAGAUUUGGAGGCCAAGCUGAGGUUCGAGAUCCUGGACGAUUCCGAUUCCCUGGUCUCCGCGGUGCCCUGGGCCUUUGCGGAUGUCCCGGUGUCGGAUUUGGCCCACAAGCCGCGGUGGGAGCUGCUGCUCAGCCACACUGACAACAUGGAGGCCGUAUAUGGCAACUCCCCAGAGGGUACAGCGCCAGAGGAUGUGCGCCCUCCUGCGUUUCUGCAUUUGGAAGUGAGCCGCUCGCCGUUUGCGAGCGAGCCCGAGCCGCAGACGGCUGGCUGCCCAAGCAGCAACAGAGAUGAGGCAACACCACGCAAGAAGGUGAUGCUCAUCACUCGGGGCACCCGGGGGGACGUGCAGCCCUUUGUGGCCCUGGCAAGGGGCCUGGUGCUCAACCACGGCUGUGAGGUGGUGAUCGUGACUGAGCUGCGGUGCAAGGAGUUUGUCAAGAAGAACGGCGAGGACCUGCCGAUUCGUCUUCGCUUUCGACCCUCGGGAGGUGACACCACGCUGAAGGUCAAAACCCGCACCGCGCGUCUUGCGAUGACCCUUGGCCAGCACAGCGAUGCCCUGCAAGCCCUGAUGCUCUCCCGCAGCGAGGUGGAGUUCUUCCCCAGCGAAGGCUGCGUAUAUCACUGGGCCAAGACGGAGAGGCCGGAUUUCAUCGUUUUUGGCUUCACCAUGACCCACAUUGCCAUGAUCGUCUCUGAGUCCUUGCGCAUCCCUCUGGUGGGAUUCGUGCUGCAGCCUGCGCGAGGGAUCGAACGCAUGGAAUAUUCCUCUCGCGUGAUUGGUGAUGCAAUGGCUCCGUUGUCGAACGUCCUCACCGGCGUGGAGUUCCAGGCCUUCCUGCAGCAAACCAUGGAGCGCCUGCCCUCGUCGAACACUCUGAACUCCCUGCGCCGGUCCCGGGCCCUUGCCCCAUGCCCAGCGAACAUCGACACGGAGGAUCGACAGAGCCAGGAGCUGCUCCGGCAGGGCGUCCCGCGGGUGGUGCCGAUCUCUCGGGAGCUUCUGCAGGACUCCCAGGUGGAGGAGAUGGAGGCGCAGGGCUUGCAGCUCACGAACUUCAUCUUUCUUGAUGAGCGGCCGUCGGAACAGGCGGUGGCUUUGCUUGGUGAAGUGUCCGCCUUCAUCCAGCAAGCAAAAGACAAAGGGAGAUCUGUUUUGGCCAUGACCUUCUCCUCCAUGCCAGUGGGGAAAGCAAAGAUGCUCAGCAUUGGUGAGGAGGUGGCUCAGCAUGGCGUGGCCUGCAUUGUGCUGGCAGCCGGGCAGCCAGAGGGGCCACCACUGAGCAAGACCAUGAAGGAACUUCAAAAAGAGGGCUUGCUGAUGGUGGUGGACGGCCCCGUGCCCUUUAGCCAGCUCUUCCCCAAGGUGGAUGUGGCGAUCCUCCAUGGUGGCCUUGGGGUCACUUCUGAGGCGCUGAGAGCUGGAAUACCAGUCAUCACCAGCGGCAUUCUCCUGAUGGACCAACGCUUUUGGGCGGCGCGGCUGUUUGAGAAAGGCUGCGGCUCCAAGGCCGUGCCAGUGCACACGCUGGCCAAAGCAGUUCAGGAAGGCAUCCUGGAAUCCGUGAUUCCGGCAGAGAAGGUGGGUGGUGCAGUGGGUGGUGCACGGAGCAGUGCCCCGCAAAUCCAGGAGAACGCGUCUCGGGUCUCCUGGCUGGGCGCGCCUCGACGCUCAUCAUGGCAGCCGGGCACCAAUGAGCCCUGCCAUGUGCGCGCGCAGGAAUUACAAGAGAGGGUUUACGAUACACGCGAUCCAGAUGGCAUCAACCUGAACGCAGCCACAGUUUUUGCAGCUGGAGAGCGCCGCGUUGUGGUGUCGGAUGCCUAUAAGGACAGCGAAGGCUUCCUGAAAUGCGCCUGCAGGCAGGGCAUUUGCACCUGUAUGUGGUUGCGGAAGCUGGUGACAUGGCUUUUAUGCUUCCAGCUCUUCUCCUGCCUGGUGAUGUGGUUGAAAUGUGCCGGUCAUUGCGUGUGCAUGUGUCUUCCUGCGCGGUGCCUGCGAUGCCUGGUGUGGCAGCCGGAGCUUCGCUCCAUGGGCCGCUUUGAUUGGAACCGUGACCAAUCGGCUGCAAAUCUGAGCUUCCUUCGUGAGGAGAGCACCACCAGCUUCCCGGUCUGAGAGUACGAAAACGAGGGCGGGCCUACCAAACGGUCGGUCGGUAGCUGAUCGCAGUUGGCCAAGAAGAAAGUGUUUGGAGCACAUGGCCCUGACCUUUGCCUACAUGGGCGAAAUUGUUCGACA